GAUGGACAGGAAGGGGCGGGUCUUUUACCUUUUGGUCAUUCUCGCCAUUGGCGCGAAUUUACGGGAUUACAUUGUGCUAUGGCGGGUUCAUUAAAUUUACUAACAUCGUGAACAAUAAUAAUAAUAAUUGAGUAUUACGAUUGAAAUUUGAGUUUGAUCUUUGUGCUGGAUAAAUUUAAGGAGCGAUGGCCUAACGGAAGCUCCAUUGACAUGAGUUCAAGAUUCCAGGACAAGAACAUACGACACCGUGACAAGCUGGUGCAUCAGGAUCCACCCCAGAUUCAUUUCUCUGCUUAUGUCACAGGGGGACUGAAGAAACUAUUCACCAAGAUCAACUCCCAUGAUGCCUCAGUCCUUCCUCUGUAUGAGUAUGGGCGGUUCACUGAUGUUAACGGACACUUUGUUCCAGAGAAGGACACGCUCCUGGCCUCACGAUACAGAGUGCUGGGCCGAGUAUCUUCAAAGACUCGCGGCCAGUCCUCGGUGCAGAUCUUUGCCAAGGAUGAGUUUAAUUCAGACAGCAUGGUUGUGAUUAAAAUACUCCACAAGAGCUGGGGCCACUUAGCUCAUCAGGAACUCCACUUCCUGUGGUCUCUGAAUGUGGCAGACACCUACAAAGCCUCCAGGGUUGUCCAAUUACUGAAUUUCUUCGAGUUGGAUGAUCAUUUUUGCUUGGUGUUUGAGCCCUUGAUUCCCGAACCUGUGUCCCGAAUAUUCCAAGGAUUUCACAGAGAUCAGUUAAUACCCAAUAUAAAGAAAGUGGCCUUACGACUUUUAACAACUCUUGGUUUUCUACAGCAGCAGAAUGUCAUACACGCAGACCUCAAGCCAGAAAAUAUUUUGUUGAAAUCAGGAUCAGAUCUGACCUCUAUCACUGUCAUUGACUUUGGGAAUGCUAUCCACAACAAAUUCAAGGAAGUGGCGCUGUACUUUAAAGACUUUGAGCUGCAGACGUUGUUAUACAGGGCUCCUGAGGUGCUAUUUGGGAUCCCGUUUGGUACGGAGAUUGACCUCUGGUCACUGGGUUGUAUCCUGGCAGAACUGUAUUCUGGGAUACCCCUCUUCCCAGGAACCUCUAAAAUCCCAAUCAUCAAAGAGAUGACCAGAUUGUUGGGCCCUUUUCCUAAAGACUUGUUUCAGAAAGGCAAAUUUUAUGAUGACCUCAAGGGAUACACUGAUGUCUGUGAACAGAAAAAUGUCUCUGAUGUGCUGUUUAAGAAACUUGGAUGUCGUGAUUAUCUGUUCCGCGACUUUCUUUCUGGCCUCCUGAGAUACAGUCCAGCUGAUAGACUGACUCCACUUAAAGCUGCCCAGCAUCCUUUUCUGGCCUCUGAACUGCCUAUUGCUUUCCUAAUGUCGUCAACACAUACUAUGCAAGUGGGUAAUCCUAAUCUAGGUAAAAAACCAGCAUUGAAUUUGGCACCUCUGGAUAUGGAACAGCUGAAACCAGAUCUUUUACAAAAAGUGAAAUUCAUCAAGUCUCCAGAAAGUGAAAAUGUUAAAACAAAUGAAGUGAAAAUAAGUGAUCCUUAUAGAUCCACUUUUUGUAGUGCAGGUUCCCCACGAGUAUCUAGGAGAUAUUAUUCCCUACCAGAUCAUGAUGACAGAAAAACAAACUGUGUUUCAAAAAUGCAAAGGCCAGUGAAAAUUCCUCCAUUUAAUUUUUCAAGUGACAAAAAAUUUAAUCUACAUUUCUCCCCCAAAAAUGAAAAUGACCAUUCUCAGUUUAAUCAAAAGAGAACUCGGCAAAGACAUAGCAAAUCGCUGGAUGAAAUGAGAGAAAUGUCGGAGGGUGUGAAGGAGAGUAGCAGGAAAAGCAGUAACGCAAAGCGUUUACAAGAAUUAAUGCACGAGAUCCAGGAAGUUCAGGAAAUGGUGGAGGAAGAUAUGAAUCAGAGAUACAAGGAUGAUACAGACAGUCUAGAGUUAAAAAGAAGGCGGAUUUCUGACUCCUAUACUCACACACAAAGUACAAAAUAUUCUCGAUCCCGGUCUUUAACCAGUGAGAUAGAAAAAAUUGGCUCUGUUAACAAAAUUGAAAAUGAUUUGGAAUCCAUUCUCCCAAGUUCACAAAAAUUCAAAGUGACCGGUGGUGAUACAUUCCCUUCCAAAUUUAGUUCAAACAAGACUUCAUGGUCUGAUAAGCAGCAUCAAACAUUUCGUAGUGCUCAGCGUAAUGAUUUACAAUCCAGAACAGUUCAGUCUUGUGAGGUAACAGAUUUCUGCUCUGAGGAAACAAAACCAACCCCUGCUCCGAAUUUGAAAAACAGAGAGUCUCAGAUGAAGGCAUCGCCAAAUUGCUCUGAAUUCACCCCGAAUCACUUGGGAUUCAGUAGAAUACACGGCAGCCCAUUAUCAUCAGAUGCCUCCGAGGUUCGAAAACUAUCGUCAGAGUCUCUUGGUGGGAAAAAUCAGCAGCAAGUUGGAGGGGAAAGGGAAAUGACUCUUGCAGGAUGCAACAGUCCAAGAUAUUGUAAAUUUACAGUCCUUCCAGCAGGUGGCAACAAAAACUGGAUUUCUGUUUCCAAACCUGAAAGUGAUGGUAGCAGUCUUGAGGGUCAAAGUGACGAUGAUUUGUCAAAGCAUUUUCCCACUGAUCAAAGACAACUUCAGAUUGACAAAAGAAAUAUAAAUGAUGGCAGAGAAGCAGACAAAAGAAAUAAAAAUAGCAGAGAAGCUGACAAAAAAAAUAGAAAUGUGGGCGGAGAGGCUGACAAAAGAAAUAGAAAUGUGGGAGGAGAGGCUGACAAAAGAAAUAGAAAUGUGGGCGGAGAAGCUAGGACUUCAUCAUAUAGUGGUACAGGAGUUGAAUCUAGGAGCAGGAGUAGAAAAGAUCUCUAUAAAGUAAAAGAGCUUAUGAAAGCAAAUUCCCCACAAUACAUUAUAAAUGAUGAAAGACCUCGAUCACAACCUGUGAAAAUCACAGGCAACAAAGACAGAAAUGAGGUGAGGGUGGAAGAGCUGACAUCAGAAAGAAAGCUCCAAAGAGUUAGCAGGGAAAAUGUUCCCAAGAAAAGGCUGAUGUUUUCAAAUGCUCUCAAGAUGAAAAAGAAAAGAAAAAAGGACACAUUAGCAACAUGCACCGGAGAGAGAGAUUUUGUUUCCACUCAGCAAGGUAGAAAGGUGCUCAAAAAUGAUGCAAAUGACCCAUUCCAAUAUAAGGAACAGCAGAUAUCACCAAGUGUGAAAAACCGAGUACGUUCUGUCGGUGAUGAUUGUUUAUCAGAUUCUCGGGAUAACUUGCUUCACCAACUUGAAGAGGACAACAUAUUAGGACUCGGUCGAGAAAGUUUUAGUGCUGGCAAGCCAAUUCAGAAGAGACGAAAGUUUUCACUGGAUUUUUCUCCUGUUGAUCGGAAGAAUAGUGAAAAGAGUUACAACUGGACACAGAAUAUGUAAUGAAAAAUGCCUGGACCACUCAGAAAUUAAAUUUAAUUUCUUCGUUCAGAAAAUCAUCUAACAUUACUAUUUAUUUCAAUGCUCUAAUUAAUUUCGAUGAUCUAAUUUAUUUCAAUGUUCUAAAUUAAUGAUCUAAUUCAUUUCAAUGAUCUAGUUAAUGAAUAAUCUAAUUUAUUUAAAUGAUCUAAUUAAUUUCAAUGAUCUAAUUUAUUUCAUGGUAUAAUAAGCCGUGUAUGGAAUACAUUUCUAAUUGCUUUAAUAAAAGUAUCAGUAUCCUAGA